UGAGUGUAAUGGCGGGAAAUAAUUCGACGGAUGUGGUGCAUUUAAACGCUGACGUUUACACGCGCAUGUAGUUAUAUUUUUUUAAAAUAGGAGAUUCUUAAUUUAAUCGUGGUUUUACUACAGUUAAAUUGUAGAAAACUUGUUUUUUUGACGGAUUAAGAUAUUUGUUACCAAAUGGUUAUUCAGGUGGUAUGCGCUAACGUUAGUUGUUAAUGAAAUAACUGACAAUUAGUUAUAAAUUGGUUUAUAUGUAAUGCUUGUUUUGUUCUCAUACCAAGUAAUUACAGUAAUAUAAUUAUAAUACAUCAUUACAUUAAAUGUAGGACUAUUUUUUUAAUAGUUAUAUAAAACUCUGUAGGUACUUUAAUUAUGAAAACCCAAACUUUUACGCCUGAUUUGAGGUCCAAAUAUGCUGCUAAAUCAUGGAAUGAAACCAUUCAGCUAGUGCGAAGAUGUAUGGACAAAACAAGGACAGAUGGUAGAGUUUGUGAGCCGAUCGCAAAGUGUCUCCAGAAGAUCAAUGAAGCACUUAAUGUGUCUUCCCUGACAGCCAUGGUGUCUAGGCUGGAGAUGAUUGCCAAGCAUAAAGGAUUGGGGUCACACUUGAGUCCCACGGAGACUGUGUGUUACCUGACAGCAGACAUGUUUUACAUUGAGGUGGUGCUACUGCUGGGGGGAAAAGUGGAAGACGUGAGGGUGGCCCAUCACGGCGAAGCUCCAGUGUCAAGUCCAUCAUUCCUUCAGUUGUUGAGGAUGAAGAAAUUUCAAGAGUUCUCUAUGAGGUUGGAAGACCUUGUGUGUUUUUACAAUAUACCAGGAGAAAGUGAUGUCAAGAUUAAAAUCUACACGGGCCUUCGGCAUCUUGAGAACGAUCUCCUAAAGAUAUCCCACUUACCAAGAUCUUUGAGAGAGAGUGACCUUCAUGUUGACCUCAUUCUGAAUGGCAGAAUUGCAAACGUCCAGCCAGCCCAAGAAGGCACGCCGAUGAAAAUAGAAUACUAUAUAAGUCGAUUAGACGUUUUAAGGGGGUUGUCAAGCACAGGUGAGGUUAGUGGUGGCCAGGUUGCCUUGGUAACCGUGGGAAGUAGUGACACCUCACACAGGCUGCAGAUGGAGUCGCUGAUCUCCACUCCCCCACAGGUUGACUUUUAUGGAUUUCCAUUGUUUCAGCCGCUGGGUGAGACUGGCUCUGCAUUACUCCCAGCUACCUUUCUCCUCAAACUACAGCCGCCAUUACCUAUGCUCGCCUCCCUCAUUGAGAAAAUGGGCAAAACAACAGAUGUUGUAGUACCAGAGCAGCACCUGCAGGUGGAGCCUUUACCACAGUUACUCAUGAAGACCGGCACAUUGCAGAACUCCAAAAGAACCUGGACAGACGACCUUCAGUUUGAUGUGCCAUUGCCGGGCUCCGAAUACCACAGUUAUGUGUUCUCGGCUGCAGAAUGGGACCACGGGUCAUGGAAAGGAGCCCUGAUUCACACAGUCCCCUUCACUCACCCCAGCCAUGUCCCUGCAUUACUGGAUAUCCUUCGCCAUCAGUCUGCCAUCAAUGUCCUGUUGGGAAGCUGUUUCAGUAACCACAAGCAUCACAUAGGUGCUGGCUUACCGUAUGACCUGACAUGUGAAGUCCUUCCAGAAUUAGACUAUUGCCUUUCUUUCACAUUCAGCCUUGAGGAUAGCGAUCACCUGGCUGUUCUUUUUGUGAUGGUGGCAGAUUCUCGUCAGUUGAGCUGCAGACUCCUGAUGCCUUACUUUGUGGAUCAUAAUCUUGAUGACUACGUAUCCAGAGUCCUCAUGCGGUGCAUGUCCAUUCCUAUAACAAUGAGAGCCAUACGCAGGACUGUUGCGAUUAUGAAGGGCCAUCCCUCACCUGACCCAUCAUGCGGUCCUGUAAUGGAGAGCACUUCUUUAACAACCCCCGUCUGUCCUGACGUAUCUGGUCCUAACAUCAUGCCUGCCUCCCAUGAGGCCGAUGGGAAGAACGGCCUCCCCUCAUCUGCAGGCUACUAUGUUAUGGCUGUUGGUUCUGCCCAAGCGGCUAACAAUGCAAAUACAGAUGCUGUUGCUAACCCUUCCCCCUGUCGUUCUCUUGGUGUCUAUUAACAUUGGGUGUCCGGUGGAGUUCCUGCAGAGCUUCUGUAGAGCAGGAAGUGUUUAUACUACAGAUUUUAAGUUAUUUCUUAGAUGCUUUUACAUAAAUAAAGAAAAACCUCUUAAAGUUUUUCAA